AUCGAAUUAACUGAACAGGCACUAGAUUCAAUUUCCCGCCACUGUUUUGUUUUUCCUUUUUUGCCUACUUUCUCAAACAAAUUACGGAGUACUUCUAUCUUCUUCUUCUUCUUCUUCUUCCUCUUCCUCUCUCUCCUCUUCUUUUCCUCUCUUUCUCCUUCUCUUCCUCCUCAAUAGUCUUUCGUUAUUCCAUACUUUGCGCUCGCUCGUUACUCGCUUCUUUCGGGCUCUCAAAAAGUACACUUAACGUCUGUCUCUACAUCAAUCAGCUCAACCGUCAAGAUGAAGUUCAACAGCGCUCUCGCUCUCUCCUCACUCCUGGUGCUCGCCGUGGCCCAGGACACCAACUCCACCUCCACUGCCACCGCUGCCACCGCGACUGCCAGUCUCACUGCUCAGGCCAAGUGCGCCGAGUCCUGCGCCUCGAGCGACAUCUGCUGCAUUGCCAAGUGCUACAAUGUCCCGUGCCCCAACGACUCUCAGGCCAACGACACCACCAGCUGCGUUGCCGCCUGCCCCCAGGGUAACGGGUCCACCAGCGACACCGACGCCUACGCCAGCUGCCAGAGCCGUUGCGUGAGCAGCUACUUUUGGUCCAGCGCUACUGCCACCGCCGGCUCCUCCGCCAGCACCGCCAGCUCCAACGAUGGUACCACCACAACCGGCAGCGGCAGCAAGUCCUCCUCCACCGGUUCCAGCAAGUCCGGCUCCUCGGACUCGACCAGCACCGCCACCAGCACCGGCGCCUCCUCCAGCGAGACCUCCAACUCGGCCGCCAUCACUCAGCUGAAGAUGGGUGUCUCCACCGUUGGUCUCCUGGGCUUCGUGCUCGCCGCCUGGGCUCUGUAAAUCUCCCCCGUUCUGUAAAUAGACGGGACGAGAUAUCACACAAGCCUAAAUCUAAUCAAACGGCACACACAAACGUUUUUGUCUCAGUACAUAUGGGAAAUUGAAUGAAUGAGGGCGGGCAGGAAGGGAAACAUGAAUCACAGUUCUUUGUUGCACGCUAAUGGGAUAUCACACUUCACACACACACAGCCUUUGCUUUUUUACUUCUACUCUUGCACACACACUUCAUUGAUGUUGUCAUAAUAGCUUACUACCUUGAUUUGUCUGUCACUAAUACUACCCACAAGCGCUUCACUUAGCAAGAACUACUAGUAUUAUUGUAUAACAAUCAUAUCUGUGUCGCAGUUUGUCCUAUCUUGCCUUUCCCUAUAUAAAUACCGUUCUUUGUACCAUAACGAUGUUUAUUUCCAGGUGGGAAAAGGUCGAACGCCUACCCAUUAGCCUCCAAGAAUCAGGUGCUGUGCUGUGCUGUAGUCCCAACCCCAUCAUG